AGACUAUUAGAUACUAAUCUAUCCUUUUAGGUAGUCUAAACGUCACACAGCGCACACCGGAUAAACACCUUUGUUUCCAUCCUUUGUACGACAUCCCCAUCUCUGAAUUCGCCCUGCUUAUAAUUACAAAAACCAAUUUCAUGCCCACCGCAGGUCGUUCUUCAGGCUUGCGGAUCAGGCUGCCUCUUCCAUCAUGCCGCAGCGCGACUCGUACUCCUGGUAUCUACCAGCAACCGCGCUCCCCGAUUCGCCUUCUUACCCUCGACCACCUUCUGGGACAUCGGAAUUUGAUAAUGAAGAUCGACCAUUCCAGUAUUCAACAGCUGGCCCGCCAACAAUCUACUCGGAGUUGGAAACAGCUUGGUCCCAGCCUAGCCACAUACCGCCUCAAACCGCCAGGUCCCCGCCUCCACCAUUACCCACACCUGGUCGAAGCAAGUAUGAUGCGAUUCCACCAGAAAGCGAGUUUGGUGGGAGAGAGGAAAAUGAUGCCGAUGAUGAUGGUGACCUGUAUCAUCGAAGUGACUGGGAAGAAGAACCCAAGACGAGUGCGACUGGUUGGAGUCGAUCUUCCUGGGCUGGACCGACGACGGGAGGUACACAUCUGACGCACUUUCCGAAACUCGGAGGGAUCAAGGAAGACGAAGAAUCGAUCCCGCCUGUUUUCGAUACAGGACUCAACCAGGUGAUGUUCCAGCGAGUAUCGGCGCCUCCAGAUAGUGUGAGUUACGGAAAAGUGGAAUACGCAAUUGAUCAAGGAGGGGUGAUGGAUAGUCCUGGCGAGAUGACUCCGGCUGUAUAUCGUGAUAGGGAUAGUAUGCCCCUCAUGGUACCAGCGGAAGCAGGACCGGAUGUUGAAACUCCAAGAAACCUUUUCAUGACACAAAGACAGUCCACCUUGCCUUCCAUCCUUGAUCUCGACCAUCUCGUCAAGAAACCAACAGCCCCACCCCCACCGGCAGUCAAAGCCGACUCUAUUUCCAACCUUUACCAAGCACAGUCCCGCCUCCGGCCUCGAGAUCCCUUUGCAGAUAGCCCGAUUGACGAAAUACCACAGGAGGAAAAACAACGUCUUACUCGCCAUCGAUCGCCCUAUGCCGCGCAGACUACACCUGAUUUGACAAAGGCACAUAACCGCCGUCAUGCUCCUGGCUCAUCGCCAAAGCUGCUUACUCCCGAAGCACAUCAGAGGCUGGGAAGGAUGUCGAUGGCUACUGCACGUUAUACAUUACCUACUCAACGUAAUCCUGGAAGGAGCCUGAGAUUCCCCUUCCGCAAUAGUGAGGCGUCGAAGAAUAAUGAAGAUGAUAGCCCACCACUUCUUGUCCUCUCUGCACCAGGCCGUUUUUACCUGACUUACCGGGUUUUUAUUCUACCAUUACUGACUCUGACAUGUGCGCUUAUCCUGACCAUGUGCAACACCACAUCAUCUAGCUCGCUGGGUGGCUUCAUCAAGAUAGGAAAUGGUGUGUUCCAAGGAGCGCAAGGUGGCGGGACUGGAGAGGGGGAUGGUGUCGCUCUAGGUGUUUGGGGGUGGUGUGUGCAGGGUGCUGACGACCCGGAAUGUCAAGCGUAUAGCAGUGGUGAUUUCAAAAAUGAGUCAGGUUCAUUCACCAUCCCGGGAACUUCGACUCUAUCCGACCUUUCAUCCCUUCUCAUGGCCCUCACUGCCAUCACCUGGCUCCUCGCCACCUUCCAGGUCGUCACCGCCUUCCUUCAUUUUUAUCUCUUCUUCGCACUUUCUUUCCCUCUUUCCCACCUCGUACCCUUUCCAGCUACUAGACAGCCAAGAGAAGAGGUUGAUAUGCGAGUUAAAUGUGAGAGGCCGCCAUAUGAAGAGUAUUUGUGGGUUUGGUGGGCUUGGUGGGGUCAUAGAAGGUCUCCUGUAGGGUGGAUUUUCGGACUUUUGGUUGGCGGAUUAAGUCUAGCCACUUUUGGAGUGACAGUGUUGUUCAAGAGGGCUAUAAUAAAUGGUACGGGGUCUAGCGAUAUCCACUAUGGCAUGGGAGCAUUCAUGCCCCUUGUCAUUCUCUUCUUGUCCCUUGAUACAUUUAUUUCUUCGGUCAUGUACUUUGUCAAAAUCAAAACGAAUGUUUUCACCCUCUUCAACCCCCCUGACCCUUCACCGACCGUCCUGAUGCUUCCUUCCUCCCACAAACCAAUGCAACAUAUCCGCCAGACAAACGGCGGUUCAUUCUUCGCCCCGCGGCAGUGCACUGUGAUGGGAGAUACGAGUUACACAGCCAACCAUAAUGGAUACGGGGCCCAUGGGUAUGCGGAAGAAGGGAUGGGAGAAAAAAUAUGGUUCGAUGCAGACGCACCUCCACUUCCACCGGCCGAACCACUCGAUCCCGAGACAAUUCGAUGGUUAUCAGCCUAUCCCGCUGACCCAGAGCUCACUUCUCUCAUUUCUUCCCUUCGUGCCAAUAAGCCCAAUGAGGAUUUUUUGCUUUCCUCCGUUGGAUUGCUUUACCUACGACCAGAAACAGAACAGGAACAAGCGCUCUUGGUUCCUCCAAUGGGAGUGAUUAGGAAAGAGCUGAUAGAGGAUGCCCAUCUCGAUCCGUCUCCGUAUGCAGAACAAGUGCCAACAGCCGAGUUGGCUCAUAAUAGCAUUGAAGUCAUGGUAGCCAUCUUGGGAGAUACUUUUUGGUGGGAUGGUUUGACACGAGAUUGCCAAGAGUAUAUCAAAAAAUGUCGAGUGUGUAAAGAGAGAAAGAGGAAGGAAGACAUUGAGGUGCAAGCCGACGUAGCAGUGCCGUGGACAGGUGUCACUGGUUGGACGCAGGGGAUGACAGCGGUGAAAGAAAGUGAAAUGGCCGCAGAGACGGCGAUGGCAAUGAGAAAGGCGGCUGAGGAGGCAGAUAAGGCCAAGUUGUAGUUUCGAUACGCUUAAUAUAUUGUAUGCACAUCACUUUAG